GGGUGAGCGCGGAAUGUCUCUCACCCUCCCCUGCGCGUCCUCCUCAGUCGUGAGCCUCCGGUGGUGAGGAGAGGAGCGGCCGCGGGCAUCACCGGGCAUCGUCGGGCGCCUCCAGAGCAGCCCCUGCGGGAGCCGGAACCACACCCACGACACUGCCCGUUCCUCCAGCAGAGCCCACCGUGUUCCCCUCCAGGGCCGGCCACUCACAUCCGGAGCAUCUUCCCCUGGCAAGCGGACGCCUACUGACACGGAGGCAUGAUGCGGCUGCGAGGCUCAGCGAUGUUGCGGGACCUGCUCCUGCGGCCGCCGGCCACGGUCGGCACGGCUCUGAGGCGGGCACAGCCCCUGGUCACCUUGUGCCGGCGCUCCCGGGGCGGGGGUUGGCCGGCCGUGGGCCUGGCGGACGCCGCGCGGCUCCACCCGUGGUGGGGCGGGGGCGGCCGGCCCGUAGGGUCCCUGGCACGGGGACUGUCCAGCUCCCCCUCGGAGAUCUUGCAGGAGCUGGGCAAGGGGGCCACUCAGCCACAGCCCGGGGCAUCGCCGCCUGGCGCCCCACAGGCGCCCGGCCCCAAGGACAGCCCGGGGGAGACGGACGCGUUCGCCAACAGCGAGGGGAAAGAGCUGGUGGCCGCAGGCGAAAAUAAAGUAAAACAGGGUCUGCUCCCUAGUUUGGAAGAUUUGCUGUUCUAUACAAUUGCAGAAGGACAAGAGAAAAUACCUGUUCAUAAGUUCAUUACAGCACUCAAAUCUACAGGAUUGCGAACGUCUGAUCCCAGGUUGAAAGAGUGUAUGGAUAUGUUAAGAUUAACUCUUCAAACAACAUCAGAUGGUGUCAUGCUAGACAAAGAUCUUUUUAAAAAAUGUGUUCAAAGCAACAUUGUUUUGUUGACACAAGCUUUUAGAAGAAAGUUUGUCAUUCCUGACUUUAUGUCUUUUACCUCACACAUCGAUGAGUUAUAUGAAAGUGCUAAAAAACAGUCAGGAGGAAAGGUUGCAGAUUAUAUUCCUCAGCUGGCCAAGUUCAGUCCUGAUUUGUGGGGUGUGUCUGUUUGUACAGUAGAUGGACAGAGGCAUUCUAUCGGCGAUACCAAAGUUCCCUUUUGUCUGCAGUCUUGUGUAAAACCUUUAAAAUAUGCCAUCGCUGUCAAUGACCUCGGAACUGAAUAUGUACAUCGAUAUGUUGGGAAGGAGCCAAGUGGAUUAAGAUUCAACAAAUUGUUUUUGAAUGAAGAUGAUAAACCACACAAUCCUAUGGUAAAUGCUGGAGCAAUUGUUGUGACCUCAUUAAUAAAGCAAGGAGUAAAUAAUGCUGAGAAAUUUGACUAUGUGAUGCAGUUUUUGAAUAAGAUGGCUGGUAAUGAAUAUGUUGGAUUCAGUAAUGCAACGUUUCAGUCUGAAAGAGAAAGUGGAGAUCGAAAUUUUGCCAUAGGAUAUUACUUAAAAGAAAAAAAGUGUUUUCCAGAAGGCACAGACAUGGUUGGUAUAUUAGACUUCUAUUUCCAGCUGUGUUCCAUUGAAGUGACCUGUGAAUCCGCUAGUGUGAUGGCUGCAACCCUGGCAAACGGUGGCUUCUGCCCAAUCACUGGCGAGAGAGUACUAAGCCCCGAGGCCGUUCGAAACACGCUGAGCUUAAUGCAUUCCUGUGGCAUGUAUGAUUUCUCUGGGCAGUUUGCCUUCCAUGUUGGUCUUCCUGCAAAGUCUGGAGUUGCUGGGGGCAUUCUUUUAGUUGUCCCCAAUGUCAUGGGCAUGAUGUGCUGGUCUCCUCCCCUGGACAAGAUGGGCAACAGUGUUAAAGGAAUUCACUUCUGUCAUGAUCUUGUCUCUCUGUGUAAUUUCCAUAACUAUGAUAAUUUGAGACACUUUGCAAAAAAACUUGAUCCUCGAAGAGAAGGUGGUGAUCAAAGGCAUUCCUUUGGACCAUUGGACUAUGAAAGUCUGCAACAAGAACUUGCUUUAAAAGAGACAGUAUGGAAAAAAGUGUCACCUGAGUCAAAUGAGGACAUCUCCACAACUGUAGUGUAUAGAAUGGAAAGUCUGGGAGAGAAAAGCUAAAGAAACGGGUUCUAGUUUCAGAAUGGUUCUCCGUCUAACCUUUCAAAUAUAUUUUGCAAGCUGCAAGUAUUUAUUUGAGUUUUUUUGUGUUCUCAAUUUUGAGUGCUGGAGCCAUAAAUUUUUUUCCUUUAUAAUCUUUGUGAAGGACAUUAGGUUAAAAGUGACUGUUAAUUUUUGAGAGUUUUACAAGUAAAUGAAGCAAAUUUAUUUUGUUUUUGAAAUAAUUCAAAAAGGAAAAUUUUUAAAAAUUUCUUGAUGUAAUGAAAAUUUAAACUAUGUGGUCAUAUAAUUCCAUUUUAAAACAGUGGCAGAAAAUUUAAUUUCUCAGUUCUAAGACCCACAAAUUGAAUGAAUAAAUUUUGUUGCAUUUUGUUUUAUUCUAGUUUAAAACUGGUUUGCUUAUAGUGGCAACCGAAAAUAACUUUUAUGCUAAAUACGAAAUUAAAAAGCAAAAUAAUUAACCCAAAUUGCUUUAUUUAAAAUAGCAGUAAGAUUAUACGAUUAGCUUAAAUUUAUAUGGAUGCCAUUGUUAGUGUUAGAAUGGUUUUAAAUUUUAAAAAUUUAAAAUUUGAUCCAACACUUUCAAAUGUGUUUUUUUACUUUGCAACUCCUGUGUUCUGUCAAAAUUGUCUGUGAGAGUGUCUUAGAUUACUGAAACAUUUCAGCCAAAGAAUUUCAGCUGAGACCUUAUGGCAUGUUUCAUGGUUAUAAAGCUAUAAUGGUUAGUUACUCAGAAGGAGAGACAGUGAACGUCACCACAUGAAAUAUUUGCCCUGAACAGUCUUAUUUUCAUACUGUGCAUAUAAUUUUUUUCUGUUAUAUUUAAGCAUAAAUGGCAAAUCUUGGUUUGUUAGCUUUCAAUUUUAUCUUAGCAAUUUCAUAAAUGCUUUUGUGAUAAAUUAUUACAUAAAAUUCUGUUGAAGCUCUUCUACAGUACUUGGGAAAUGAAUUUAAUCUGAAGGUAUUAAGAAUGCUACUAAAAUAUCUUGUUAGGUUUGAAUCCUUUUGUUUGGUUACAAAAAUGCAAUAUUGAGAAUCAAAACUUGUUUGUGAAGAGAACUCUAGGUUCUACACAAGCUGAUUUCAAGCAAUUGUUCAAAGUAUUGCAAAGUCUGGGCAAAAGUGAUUGUGAAAAUCCGCAGGACCUAUUCACAUUUCUUUCUUCUUCCAUAUACCUCUCUGGUUCUCCCCAUAAGCUCAAGUAUUUUUUUAUUUAUUUAUAAGUUUGUAAAGUUAGUGGUAGGGUUUAGAAGGUAAGUUAUGGCUUUUUAGCAUGAUAGCAAUAUAUGUGAAUGCGCAAAGUCUGUAAAAGAAAACAUGUUAGCAAAACGGAUUUCAUUCAGUUAUUGAAAUACUAGUGUAAACAUAGAAAUUCUUGAUCAAAUAGUGUUUUGAUAUUAGGAGAGGACUAUCCCUUUUGGAGUAACCUAACUUUUAAAUCUCAGAAUCACAUAGGAAUUUGAAGAG